AUGCAUUUAAUGUACACACUAGGUCCUGACGGAAAAAGAAUAUAUACGCUCAAGAAGAUAACAGAGUCGGGUGAGAUUACAAAGUCUGCACAUCCUGCAAGAUUUUCUCCAGAUGACAAAUACUCUAGACAACGUGUGAUUCUAAAAAGAAGAUACGGCCUACUUCCAGAAAAGAAGACUUUUAGUUCUCUCAGGGGUGGUUUGUGCAAACUCUAUAUGUAUAUGUACGAUUGA